CCUCCUGCGGGCGGGCAGUCGCGGCCCGCGGCCCCUGAUGCCCCGGCGGAGGGAGGCGCGGCUCACAGCCUGAGCUCGAUCCGCGCCAUGCGGCCGCCCAGGUGAGCGCCCGCCGGGGCCCGCGCCCCGAGCCUCGCCGCCGGCGCCGCGUGGCGGGUCCCGACAGCCAGGGUUGAGCGGCGCGCGCGGCGGGGUGGCUGCGGGAGCCUUCGGGGUGCGCCCGCCAUGGAGGUGCUGCGGCGCUCCUCGGUCUUGGCCGCUGAGAUCCGGGACGCCUUCGAGCGAUCGCCCACGGACAAGGAGCUGGUGGCCCAGGCCAAGGCGCUGGGCCGGGAGUUCGUACAUGCGCGGCUACUGCGCGCCGGCCUCGCCUGGAGCGCGCCCGAGCGGAGCGCACCAGCCCCGGGCGGCCGCCUGGCCGAGGUGUGCGCGGUGCUGCUGCGCUUGGGGGAUGAGCUGGAGCUGAUCCGGCCCAGUGUGUACCGCGAUGUGGCCCGACAGCUGCACCUGUCCCUGCAGUCGGAGCCUGUGGUGACUGAUGCAUUCCUGACUGUAGCCGGCCACAUCUUCUCUGCAGGCAUCACGUGGGGCAAGGUGGUAUCGCUGUAUGCAGUGGCUGCGGGGCUGGCCGUGGAUUGUGUGCGGCAGGCCCAACCUGCCAUGGUCCAUGUGUUGGUCGAUUGCCUGGGGGAGUUUGUACGGAAGACCCUGGCCACCUGGCUGCGGAGACGUGGAGGAUGGACUGACGUCCUCAAGUGUGUGGUCAGCACUGACCCUGGCCUCCGCUCCCACUGGCUCCUGGCCGCGCUCUCUAGCAUUGGCCGCUUCCUGAAGGCAGCCAUCCUCGUGUUGUUGCCAGAGAGAUGAGUCCAGCUGGACCACAGCCCGGGAGCCCCCAGCACCUGGAAACCACAUCCCCCGACUGGAGCCCUGGGCCCUAGGAAGCGAUCAUCUCGGGAUUUCCGGGCAGUUUCUCUAGGGGCUGGAGGUUGAGGGCUGGAAGUCUGCAGCACUGUCCACUCAGCACCCUAUGAGUCCCCGGGG